GCAACACCUCAAGCCUUGUCAUCGUAUUCUUCACACGUUUGAGGACUACUUGUGCCUUAAAAGCGUUAGAUUGAAGUCUAUUUCAACACCGCAUGCGCGGUGUCUUUGAAUGGACGAAAGGCAGCCAUAAGAAUGAUGUAUGCCACCCUUAACUCAGCCACGGCCGCCGCAAUGACUCCUUUUCUCGUCAAGUAUCUAAUCUGGACGUUUCUUCGCCUCUUCAUGCCUUAUAGUCAGUCAUUGCAUGCUAGGCCAGCAGCUUGGGGUUACUUCUGGCUAGAUCGUUAAAGUGGGAACCCAUCGAUAACCAUACAACAUGGACUCUCAGGCUGAGGCGUACGAUCUUCUCUUGCUUGUUGACGCAACAUACUCCAUGUCCAGUUACCUGGUAGCGUUGCAGAAUUCCCUCCCAAAAAUCAUUCAGAUCUCUCAGCUCACGAACUGUUUUGCACGCAUCGGUCUUCUCGUCUAUCGAGACUAUUCAGAGGCCAACCGAGAGAGAAACGGACUGCUAGAGUCGUCAGGAUGGCUUGACGAGACUGGUCACUCUGGCGAAGCCUCGAUUACUGCAGACGAAUUGCUGCAAAAGGCGCGUCGUCUUGAACCAAUUGGUGGAGGUGAUUACCCUGAAGCUACGAAGACGGGACUUGCCAAAGCGCACCAACUAAUGAGGGCGGAUGCAACCACAAUUUUGCUGCUAUAUACUGAUGCACCCCCACACAUCGUUGUAGAUGGAAAUGGAAAGGAUCAUGGAUCCAACCAGGUGCGAGAGCAACACAACUUAUUAGGAACUCGUCCGGCUUUUAUGUACACAAUCAAGGCUCCGGAAUUCGCGGAUUGGGUGUCAGCCGCAAACACCCUUCGCGGGGGUGACAAGAAGGCCCAUGUUUUCUCCUUUCUAGACUCAACUCUUGCAGCGUCCAGGUCGCAGUCUGGAUACUAUUCUUACCUCAGUUCCAUGACCCACGGGGCGUGUUUCAACCUGACCAAAUCAGACCCUUCGAGUAUCGCAGAGACCACAAUUGAUGUCCUUCUGAGCUGGAUGGGUGUCGAGAAGGCUGGCACUACCUCUGCUGCACUUCCUGCUGUUUUGAUUCGCUACGUAAAGGGGGCGACGAUAAAGGUCUUGAAAAACGAAACGGAUGAGACGGCGAAUGAUUACUUUUGGGCCACGGGUCCUUCGUAUGCGGCAGACUCGCGUAUCGAACGAAACAUUGCCCAAAUAGAUGUAACAUCGGAAGUCCUCAAGUCGUACAUGCCAAAGAAGCGCAUUUUGGUCAUGAACUUCGCGGAACGGUACAAGAAUGAUGAGCAAUAUCGUCUUGUUGCAACCGAACAGAUUGCGAAACUUAUUGAGAACGAUGUUGCGGCCAUCUCUCUCAAUCCUGUCUUUGGAAGCUUGUGGCGAGCCAUCUGCAACGACCGGCAAAACCCAAAGCGCGAUUACUUAUUGAACGCCUUCAGCUUGAACGUGGAGAAGGUCGUAGAUGAAAACGAAAGGUCUCGGAUGAAGGCCUGGCUCGAAGAGUCAUACGAUUUUGGCGCGGAAAUAGCAGAACUAGUCGAGAGCGUGCCUACCGACGAUCGUUUUCCUUGUGUUUUCCUGGACCCAACUCUCAAACACGAUUCGAGCGUCGGCGAAGAUGGAGGCACCAUAACGGACUUCAAGCGAGAUGAGUUGCUUGAGAUAGGUCGUUCCUGCGACUAUCGAAUCCUUCGACGCCUCGGAAAGGUUUUGACACAGCUGACAUACGUAAACAAAGGCGAAGAUCUCCCGACGCAUAUCCGGCUUGCAGAUAUUCCUUUGAUACCCUUGUGUUUAGGAAACGAGAAGCACGGGUACAAACUCUUUCGCAUUCUUCUUCACCUUAUUGUACCAGGUACAAUGCUCGCGGAACGCCCAGCGGCUGUCUUAGCCGCAUUGGCUAUCAAGAUGGGCAUGAAGCCACUAUAUGAUGCAGCGUCGAAGUUGAUGCUCUCUUGGAAAGAUAGAUGGAACAACGUUGAAAUUCCAGAAACGUGGAACACUAGCUGUCUUUCUCUAUUGACUGACGCUGAUGAUAUGUGGCGAGAAAGGUGUUCGAUCGACUUGUUGACAAGUACAGAUCGAGAACUUUUCCAGCAACUCAUCGCGUACAAGCUCGCUGAGGUCAAUCUGGAUACUACCCUGAUAGCCCGGGUUGGAUGGACACCAGAAAAGACUGCAAUGCCCAUUGGCCCAACUGUGAUCUGUCGUGGUUGCGAGUAUCCUCGAUCAGUCACCAUCAUGGCGGAGAAAUCUAGGAAUCUGUGCGGUAUAUGCGCGGCGAAUGACUAUGGUUCCGCUGAAAUGAAAGAGCGAUAUAUCCAUAGCCAUGUCACGAAAGAGGAUAAUUCUGCGACUUCUGCCAUAUGGGUCGAAUGCAGCUCUCGUCAAUGCCGCGCGCAGUACGUCCUAUAUAACCCGGACGAACUAAGGGUCCGUCCUAAAUGCUUCUAUUGUCGUCAGCAGAAAAAUUGCCCCUGGAUCGAAUGCACAACCUGUAUGAACCGGAUGGUCUGGCCGAUGGAGUUCAGGACUCGUGAAAUGCGAGAUGGCAAACCCAAGAGUUUCCAGUGCGUGGCCUGCUCUCAUGGACAGAAGACUAUUGUUGAUCAGGAAACUUCCGCUCAAGCCUUGAUCAAUGAAAAUGGCAGUCAAUGGCUCUUGCGAAAUGAAAAUAAUACUCUCCAAGCACCGUUCAACAAAAGGUCUCUAUUUUGGGUCAUAUCCACUGUCGGUCCGCAGAAUUUCCUGGACAACAUACGCGUUCUGCCGGGAUUAAAGCAAGGAACUGCUCUAACUAUCAAAGGCAAACAAAUUCAGAACGUUGCUGAUAUUCGAUCCCAGCUGCAGUCGUGGAUUGAUCGACGACAAGCUGAGUCUGUUGCGUGCAGUUUAUGCUUCUCUGAUUUCCACCGCAGCAAGCUGCGGCGGGCAUGCGGACGACGCGGAUGCAAUCAGGAGAUCUGCGAGGAUUGUUUGAAGUCCUGGUAUGGCGUUAAUGCCUCUGGCCACAUAAUUAACCCAGCGACUCUGAAUUGUCCAUUCUGCCGCCGAGCGCCAACAGCGAAGACCCUCGCGAAUCAUGGGAUGGGUAUACAUGCCGUAGGCAACCUUCGUAAGGCUGUUGAGGACCGAGGUACCUGGAUAUAUGCCUGGUGCUUGCGAUGCUCUGCUGCAAAACAGUACAUGGAAAGGUCUUGUGCGCGAGGUGCCCCUCAAGAGAUCGAUGAUUUUGUUUGCGAAGAAUGCGUUAAUGAGGAGUACGAGCGUCUUCGACUCGAAGAGGAAGCUGCAAGACGGGCACUAGAAGCAGCACGUCGUGAAGCAACUGUGGAAGCUGCGGCAGCGGAGCAACGCUUACGUGCUGCAGCUCGUAAUCUCGCUGUACGUGCGAGACCAGUCAAGCUAUGCCCGAGCUGUAAUAUUCCUUCGCAAAAGACCUCCGGUUGCGAUCAUCUGACUUGUGUGUGCGGAGCACAUUGGUGUUGGGCUUGUGGCAAGCAAUUUGACUUCAGAAAAAUCUACGAUCAUUUAAACAAUGUGCAUGGAGGAUACUAUACUGGUGGCGACUAUGGUCAUGACGAUGACGCUGAAGAUGAAUGGUAGACAAUUCUGAUUAAAAACCAUGCGAGAGUAUGCAAAUGUUGGCAAUCGGCUCUUUUCAAAUCGUAUGUUCUUCCACGGUCAGGAAAGCUCGAAUUGAAGAUUAUGCAGCCC